UCCACUCAGACCACCAGCUGCUCGGCGCUGCCGCCCCAUGGCUGCCAGUGGUACUGCAACACCUGGUCUGUCUCCGAGAGCAGACGGCGAGGAGGCCGUUUCCUGUCCGCUGAACGCGGGACUGGAGGAUAAAAGUGAGCGCCGCUGCUGGGUGAACCUUCGCUGUUGCCGUGUUGUGAAGGGGGUUAUGAGAGAAGCCCGCCAGCGCAGAACGCCGUGGCGGGUCAGCCUCGUCGCACAGGAAGCUGUGGUGCAGAGUGCGACCGUGUUUCUAAAUGAAUCAGAUCCUGUGAAAGAUGCUCGGCUGCAGCAGCCAUCAACAGGAAGCAGAACCUGAGCAGAGGCGCCGUCAGGAGGGCCUCCCGUCUGCAGACUGCUUCCAGCCGUCCGCGGGACGCAGGCUUCAUGGAAGAAUAAGACAGGAUGAAUUCUAAACCGCCGUGUGAGCGUCUUGUGAAGGCUCGGCGCGUCUGUCAAGCCUCUCUCCAUUCUGGAUGCCGGCAGCUGCGUCUGAAGUUCAGCUUCAAUCACAUGUUGCUGCGUUGGGUGUGUCUCACACACACACACACACACACACACACUUCCACUCUCGAUGUGUGAGAAGUGUCAGCCUCGCUUUACUUUCACACCUCAGAAAGCAAGUCUUUCAUUUCUGUCUCUGUCUUUGAGGAAAAACAAGCGGCGGCCUCGGCGUCCGUCUCCUGAGUUGAAGCGUCUCUGCUGCUCUGGAGGACGAAAUAUCAGAGUAUCAGUGGAUGUUCGUCGUCCAGAGCCGACUGUCCUGCCGGGGUCGGAGCUGUAGAGGUCAGCUCGCUCAGCCUCGGCCUCUCAGGGCGAGACGUCGACCCAGAGUGAAGCUGAGCCUUCAUCAGUCCCUUCACCCUGAUCCUGGUGGUCCGGACCCCCCUUCAGAAAAACAUCGCUGAGUCCAGGAAGGACGUAGAAAUCCUCAGGAGUGUCCCUGACCUCUGACCUCUGACCUCUGCAGGGACCCGUCCACUCGGGGGGCAUGAUGGGGUCGUUCCGCCGCCCCAGGCCUCGCUUCAUGAGUUCUCCGGUUCUGUCCGACCUGGCGCGGUUCCACGCCAGCACGCCCGGCCUGCAGAUCUCCAACGCCACCGUGUGGAACAGGGUCCAGUCGGCUGUGAUCAGGGUCUUCCAGGGAAAAGCUCUGCAGAACAACGAGCUCUACAGCCUCAACGAGAGCAUCAGGUGGCUUCUGAAGACCGAGAUGGGCUCCUUCAUCAGCGACUACUUCCAGAACCAGCUGCUGACUCGAGGCCUUUCUGGAGUCUUGGACCAGAUUCUCCUCCACAGCAGAGAUGAUGGUGAGGAGCAGCUGGUCGUCCUCACCGACGCCUGGAACCGGUUCUUCACAGAGACCCUCCCCACCCUGCAGGCCAUCUUCUACCCGGUCCAGGGUCAGGAGCUCACUGUGAGGCAGAUGUCUCUGCUGGCCUUCAGAAACCUGGUGCUGCUGCGGCUCCCCCUGCAGGCCGCGGUGGGCGCCGCGGCCCCGCCGCCUCCGGCCUUCCUGCAGAUGCUGCUGGUGUUGCAGGGGGUCCAUGAGUCCGGGGGUCCCAGUCCGGAGUACCUCCAGCUGGAGCGUCUGCUGGAAGCCGUCGUGUCUCCGUAUCUGAGCAACGUGAUUCACAGCAGGAACGACGUGCUGUCAGCAGGCUCGUGUCAUCGGCCGGAGGUCAAGGUCACGCAGCACCGCGGCUCCUCGGACCCCUGGGACUCCGGCUCUCUGUCCCCGCUGGUGGAGAAGGAGGGCGAGGCGUACCUGGAGAAGGCCGGCGGCGUGCGGCGCCACACGGUGGCCAACCCCCACUCUGACGUGCGCCUCCUGCUGGCGUCCAGCAUGAUGCAUGCUGGGAGGGGCGGGGCUUCAGGGCCCCCCAGAGACAGUGGACACCAGAGAACAGAGACGAGCGAGGAGACACCAGGAGACGGAGCGCAGACGGGGGGGACGUCUGGGAGGGACGGGGACUGAACUCGGCUGGACCGUCUCUCUCCUCCUCAGCGCUGUUUUA